AUGUACCCGCAAGCAUCUCCUGGCGGCCAGUACUCCUUCUCGAUCGGAUCUGUCGAGGCCUUCGAGCGCAAGCUUGACGAGGCACAGAAUGAGCUUGGCAUCCCCUCCAACGAACGCAUCCCUGUGCAGUACCACCAGGAGAUCUCGACUGCUGGCGCCCUCCUCAACUUCGCUCCCACCCUCCUCCUCAUCGCCGGUAUCUGGUGGAUGUCGCGCCGCGCAAGCGGUGGUGGAGGCGGCGGCGGCAUCUUCAACAUGGGCAAGAGUCGCGCAAAGCUCUUCAACCAGGACAAUCAGGUGAAGGUCAAGUUCAAGGAUGUCGCCGGCAUGGACGAGGCCAAGGUGGAGAUUAUGGAGUUCGUCAAGUUCCUCAAGGAGCCGCAACGGUUCACGAAGCUCGGCGCGAAGAUUCCACGCGGUGCCAUCUUGUCCGGCCCUCCUGGUACGGGUAAGACGUUGCUCGCGAAGGCGACCGCAGGCGAGGCCUCCGUGCCGUUCCUGUCCGUCUCCGGCUCCGAGUUUGUGGAGAUGUUCGUCGGUGUCGGUUCUGCACGUGUCCGCGACCUCUUCGCGUCGGCGAAGAAGCACGCGCCGUGCAUCAUCUUCGUCGAUGAGAUCGACGCCAUCGGCAAGGCGCGUGGCAAGGGCAACAUGGGCGGCAACGACGAGCGCGAGUCGACGCUGAACCAGCUCCUCGUCGAGAUGGACGGCUUCGGCACGGACGAGCACAUUGUCGUCCUCGCUGGUACCAACAGGCCCGACGUGCUCGACCCUGCGCUCAUGCGUCCCGGCCGUUUCGAUCGCCACAUCGCCAUCGACCGCCCUGACGUGUCUGGCCGCAAGGGCAUCUUCCAGGUGCACUUGAAGCCGCUCCGCCUCGCCGAGGACAUCAAGAAGGUCGAGGAGGACUUUGCGCACAAGCUCGCGGUGCUGACGCCCGGCUUCUCUGGCGCGGACAUCGCGAACGUGUGCAAUGAGGCUGCGUUGCAUGCGGCGCGUCGCAGUGCCGAGUACGUCGAGAGCGUCGACUUUGACACCGCCAUUGAGCGUGUGAUCGUCGGCCUCGAGCGGAAGAGCCGCGUUUUGAGCCCGGAUGAGAAGAAGACGGUCGCUUACCACGAAGCGGGACAUGCUAUCUGUGGCUGGUUCCUCGAGCACGCCGACCCUCUGCUCAAGGUCUCCAUCAUCCCUCGCGGCACUGGUGCUUUGGGUUACGCUCAGUACCUCCCCGCCGACCGCUACCUCUUCUCGACACCGCAAAUGCGCGACCGGAUAUGCAUGACGCUCGGUGGUCGCGUGUCCGAGGAGAUCUUCUUCGGCGCGGACAACAUCACCACCGGCGCGCAGGACGACUUGCAGAAGAUCACCCGGAUGGCGUUCGAGGCGUGCGCGAACUACGGCAUGAACAAUGUCAUCGGGCCGGUCAGCUACGGUGGCGAGCGUGGGUCGACGGAGCACUGGAACAAGCCGUUUAGUGAGAAGACGGCGGAGCGUUUGGACGAGGAGGUUCGGAAGAUGAUUGUUGACUGCUACGAGCGUACCAAGAAUCUUCUGACCGAGCAUCGCGAGGAUGUUGAGAAGGUCGCCAAGCGCUUGUUGGAGAAGGAGGUCCUGACCCGCGAGGACAUGAUCGAGCUCCUCGGCAAGCGCCCCUUCGUCGGCCGGGCAGACGACAUGGACAAGUGGCUGGAGAAGAACCGCGGGGAGUCGAGCGCACCGCCAAACUUCCCGGAGAACGACAUCCCAACGCCGUCGCCGGCGUACAAGGAGUCGGACCCCAAGCCAUAA